CCAAAUGUCAAGCCCAGUAGUGCAUCUCCUGGCUCUGACCACUGGGUUAUACGAGAGACCAUAACUCCCUCACGAUUUUCUGGGGCUUUUUAUAUUUUUUAUUUUAUUUUCCUUGUCAUUGCUGCGUUGUUUUAUAUCUUCUUGCUAUCGUUGGGCAUUUCCGAAAGGCGGCCAUGUGGUUUGGACCGCUCUCCGCGUUCAUAUCGCUCAUAUUCUUGAGCUCCGCCGUUCUUGCACAAGAUCUCCCCGGUCCAGGCGAGCCGGCGUUCGAGUACACCGAUGGCGCGUUCACAGAGCCGAGAGGAUCCCAAUCAACAUACAGAUUGGGAGCAACGAUGAACGUUAGUUGGGAGACAACGUACGAAACUUCGAAUCUUUGGUUGAUCGUUGGCUGGAGCUUCAACUCGCCUGUACAACUUGCAUCCAACAUCGGACAGACGUGGUACGAAUGGACAGUGUCAACCGACUCAACGAAUUCUUCGGAGAUAUACGCAUUUCGCGUGGUCGAUGCGUCAGGCACAUCUGAAGAUCAACAAGGAGGUGGAUUCUUGAGCGCGGCUUUUUGGAUCGGUGGUCUACCAACUACCACUUUAUCGUCGUCGACUAUAUCCCAUAUAUCAACAUCUGCCUCCGCACCUGUUACGACAUCUACCUCGGCGAGCCCCUCGGUGACGUCUCAGACCCCCGAGAGCACGUCCGAGAAUCAGUCUUCUGUCUUAACAACUAGCGGUAAAAUCGGUGUUGGUGUAGGAGUGGGAGUGGGAGGCGUGGGUAUCAUUGCCCUCGUUUUAGGAAUAUUGUUCUUCAGACGGUCAAAGAACAAUAGAACACAAGCGGCCGAUAGCAUGGAGCCAUAUUCUCAAUCCCCACAAACGUUCCCCCCGACACCGCAACCCUACCACGGUGCUUCCGACGCGCAAUUUAAUGGAUAUUAUAAGCCAACGGAACCAAGCGAGAUGGAAGGAGUAGGAAGGGGUGCUGAGCUAGACGGAGGACAAAGUAAUAUAGAGCUAGACGGAGGACAAAAGGAUAUAUUGGCUCCCGGCGCAUACCCAGCCAAUGCCCCCAGACAGCACCUUGCUGAGCUUCCAGGAUAAAUUCUUUCAAAAGCCAGAAUGAUUUAUAAGAUACCCACACUUUGAUUUUAAAGAUUCAUUCUUGGUCAUAAGUAAAUAGCCUGCAUGUUCGUUAUGAGUAACUCAAAUUUCUGAAGCUGCGAGUCAUACGAUAAUAUUGUCGCUUGAAUAUAUUAUUACAACCAUCUCAUUCUAUGUUAAGAUCGUAAGAGCUGAUGUUCGUAGCGGUUGGAGUAACGUAACA